AUGGUCUUGCUCCUUCGGCGGCCUCUACUUUUCCAUCUCCGACUACAAGCUGCCGCUGCGAGGCCCUCGACUGCCUCUUCUCUCUCCACCAUAGCGCUUGCACGCACCUCGGUCCAGUCGGCCUUGCGCGCCAGGCUCGGCGAUCAAAGCGUUAUCGCCCGCCCGUUUAGCAGAAGCAGCCUUCACAACCACAACCAUCAUCAUCACCACCAGAGCGACAAGAUGGGUGCCGUCAGUCAGGGCAAGGUUGACACCACCCAGCGGGUGGCUACCCUCCGAGACUUGAUGGACAAGCACGGCCUCGAAGCGUACGUCGUGCCCUCGGAGGAUGCCCAUGCGAGUGAAUACCCCGCCGAGUCGGACCUUCGGCGAGGCUACAUCAGCGGCUUUUCCGGCUCGGCCGGCUGCGCCGUCGUGGGCAAGAAGGAGGCGGCUCUUUUCACCGACGGACGAUAUUUCUUGCAGGCCGGCCAGCAGCUCCAGCCAGACGUCUGGAAGCUCAUGAAGCAGGGCGAGGCCAACGUGCCGACCUGGCAGGAGUACCUCUCGAAGAACGUCGGACCAAAGUCAAAGAUUGGCAUGGACCCGACGCUGAUCAGCGCAGAAGAUGCGCGGUCCAUCUCGGCAGACUUGGAGUCUGUCGGCUCUGAGCUUGUCGGUGUCGAGGAGAACCUCGUCGAUCAGGUGUGGGGGAGCCAGCGCCCAAAACGACCCAGUGAGACAAUCUUUGUCCUCGACGAAGCCAUUGCAGGCAGGUCAGCCGCCGAUAAGAUCCAGGACGUGCGCAACGAAAUCAAGGGCAAGGGCUCCCACCUCAAGGGCUACGUCGCCAACAUGCUCGACGAGGUUGCCUGGCUCUUCAACCUUCGAGGCUCCGACGUGCCUUACAAUCCCGUCUUUUUCGCCUACACCAUCGUCCUCCUUGACAAGGUGCUCUUGUAUGUCGAUGCGACUGGACAGAUGGACCAGAAGACGAGGGACUAUGUCACAUCAACGGGCGCCGAGAUUCGGCCGUACGAAAACUUCUACUCCGAUCUCAAAGCUAUCGGUAAUGAGGUGCUGGGACAAGACGACAAGGUGCUGAUCGGCAAGAAGGCCUCCUUGGCCGUCCAAGAGGCCCUCGGUGGCGCAUCAAAGGUCUUGAUCGAUCGAUCGAUCAUUGUGGACCAGAAGAGCAUCAAGAACAAGGUCGAGAUCCAGGGCUUCCGUGACUCUCACAUUCGAGACGGCGCAGCCUUGGCCAGCUUCUUUGCCUGGCUCGAGGAGCAGCUCGUUAGUGGCCAGAAGAUCUCCGAGUCGCGAGCAGCAGAUGAGCUGGAGAACUGCAGAAAGAAGCAAGACAAGUUCAGGGGCCCCAGCUUCACCACCAUUUCGAGCACCGGCUCCAAUGGCGCCAUCAUCCACUACUCGCCGAACCCGGCCGACUGUCCCGACAUUGACCCCAAGCAGCUCUACCUCUGCGACUCGGGCGCUCAGUUCACCGACGGCACGACGGAUGUGACGCGGACGUGGCACUAUGGAAAGCCGAAGGACGAAGAGAUUCGCGCUUUCACCAGGGUACUCCAGGGUCACAUUGCCAUUGACCGAGCUGUGUUCCCGCAAGGAACAACGGGCUACCUGCUCGACCCUCUCGCCCGUCGACCCCUGUGGCAGGACGGUCUUGAUUUCCGACAUGGAACUGGACACGGCGUUGGCCACUUCCUCAACGUUCACGAGGGCCCUCAGGGCAUUGGAACGCGAGCCGUCUUCAACGAGACAUCGCUCAAGGAGGGCAUGAUCCUGUCCAACGAGCCAGGCUUCUACAAGGACGGUUCCUGGGGUAUUCGGAUCGAAAACCUCGUCGUGGUCAAGAAGGCGGAGACGAGGAACAACUUUGGCAACAAGGGCUACCUCGGCUUCGAGCAUUUGACCCUCUGCCCUUACCAGAUCAACCUGAUCGACCAGAGCCUCCUCUAUCAGGACGAGCGGGAUUGGAUCAACGCCUACCACGACGAGACGUACGAAAAGGUGGCGCCGUUGCUCGAGAAGAUGGGUGACCGCAGAGGACUCGACUGGUUGAAGAGGCAUUGCAGCGCGCGGGUGUAGUCAGGUCAGAGGAUUCCUUUGUAAGUUUAACCGUUUCCCUUUUUCAAGAACGAGAGCAUCAGCACCUGGUUUGCCCUUCGUGAUCCUGGUUUGUGCGGCUGCGAGUCGUCAUGGUAGUAAGGCUUUUCAUCUCAGUAGAAUCCUCUUUUUCCGGCCCACUCAAAUAGAGUCUACUCAGCGCUUCUUCCACGCAAGAGUACGACGGGACAACUUGGGCUAGAUUGAUAAAAUAUUGUCGGGCAGCAUAACUAUCCACAACGGGCUUCUUGUGCCCGUCGAGGCUGAAGCGCUCGAGACAUCCAUCACUCCUAUCACCUUUCUUGUACAAUACCUUCUGAAUGAAUCAAUUACUUCCGGUGUC